GCUAAUACCCGAUCUCAAAACACAGAAAACCUUAGAGCCCAGUUUCAACAGGGUAGUCUCGACUUGAUCACUGCUCUCUAUCACGAUCCAUUAUUAGUGGCGGAAGACGUUAUCACUAUCGACAAGAGUAAAAACUUAACAAGGUAUCUCGAACUGCGAUUUUCCUGUUCACUUCUUUUUCAGUCAACUGCUUCUCGUUCUAUCAGUCAUCCAGAAGUAUUAUGGAGUAUAUUUUGGAUGUUUAUACAGAAGAACCGUCAGAAGUUCGUUAACGUAAUAUGCCAAUGUUGCCCAACCCCUAUUAUAGACUCUGACUUAAUUCAGCGGAUUGCACGAGACAGCCAGACUACUAUAGGAAAAGCUGACUCUACCUGGAUUAACUUACAUAAGGAGUUUCUUCUUCUGAGUAUAAAAGAUUGUAUAUCUCUAAUCUAUAUUGACAUUGGUACAGUACUCACGUGGUUGUAUGUUAUUCAUGGCCGCAAGAUUAUCUAUUUCCCUUAUACAAUUAAUCUCAAUGCGGUUCGCUUACUGGCACGACUUGGGUCGGAACAAUUCAAGGGAUACGACAGUGGCUGGAUUCGAGUAGAGUUAAGACCAGGUGAUCUAUUUAUCAUGCCCCUAUCAUGUCCACACACUGUCUUCACACCAGAUAAUUCUUUAGUUGUCGGUAGCCACUUCUAUACCUCGGCUUACUUACCCUCGACAUUGGAAGGGCUCAGAUUUCUUGAGAAACGGCAAAAGAUUUCUAAUAAAUUAUUGAAGAAUAAUUACUAUAAGAUGCUCGCGCAGAUCCUUAAUUUAUAUAAUAAAGCAACUUGCCAUCUGUUCCUUGAUUCGCCAACAAAAACCAAGCUAUUGACAGCCUGUACUGAGUUUAUAACUGCUCUAAAGAGUUUUAAUCAGAGGGCAUAUAAAAGCUUCUCACAAGAACCAGAGUAGUCGGAUAAAAAUAAUAUAUUUGCGGACAAUACUUGGCUCAUAAGUUAUAGUCUAUAGUGACUGCUAUGGGGCUGCCUAGGUCUGAAAACAAUUAUAUGGCCUGGUAGGACACCAGGAAUCUCGCCUGUCUACACCCGAACCAGUAUACAAAGCACCGGAUAGCCUGCUUGUAAGCCCACUCUCAUUCAAGCCAAAGGACGAAGCGAUUAUUGAAAACAAUUUAAUAGGUUGUAAAAGACUGCUUAUGGCAUAUAGCUAGUUUAUAUAUGAUCAAAGAUAA